AUGAUUGAGGAAGUCUUGAAGAAGACCUCGGAGAUGUUCCCGCUGCCCACCGCGACGGCCUCGUCGCUGCCUUCGGUUGCUCCCAUCCCAACCGUCGCCCCCGGACCUGAGCCCACCUACGAGGUUGCCGGCGAUGCUGGAAUGAAGACCCUCUGGGUCGUCUUUGUUCUCAUGCUGAUCGCCUCUGCCGGUUUCACCGUCAUGUCCUGGAAGGUGCCUUUGAACAAGCGCCUCUACCAUGUCAUCACCACCAUCAUCACCCUCACCGCUGCCCUCUCUUACUUCGCCAUGGCCUCCGGCGCUGGUGUCUCCCUCAAGAAGGAGGUCGAGCGCGAGCAGCACGACCACGUCCCCGACACCUACAACGUCGUCUACCGCCAGGUCUACUGGGCCCGUUACGUCGACUGGACCAUCACCACCCCUCUUCUGCUCCUCGACCUCGGUCUCCUUGCUGGUAUGUCCGGUGGACACAUGAUCAUGAUGGUUGUUGCCGACAUCAUCAUGGUUCUCACUGGUCUCUUCGCUGCCUUCGGUACUGAGGAUACCGCUCAGAAGUGGGGCUGGUACACCAUCUCGUGCAUUGCCUUCCUUUUCGUCUUCUGGCACCUUGGUCUUAACGGUGGUGCCAACGCCCGCGCCAAGGGUGACAAGCUCCGCGGUUUCUUCAUCUCCAUCGCUGCCUACACCGCUGUCCUCUGGACUGCCUACCCCAUGCAAGUCUCAUCAAUUCCCACGCCUCCCGAUCUCAUGCUAAUCCGUUCCAGUGUCUGGGGUAUUGCCGAUGGUGCUCGCAAGGCUAGCGUCGACACUGAGAUCAUUGCCUACGCUGUCCUCGAUGUCCUCGCCAAGGCUGUCUUCGGUGCCUGGCUCUUGGUUGCCCAUGCCAACAUGCGCGAGAGCGAUGUUGAGCUUAACGGCUUCUGGGCCAACGGUCUCAGCCGCGAAGGUGCCAUCCGCAUUGGUGAGGAUGACGGUGCUUAA